AUGAAAGAAAUAAUAACAGUGUCCCUUGGACCUGUGUCCAAUUAUACAAGCACUCAUUUUUGGAACUUCCAAGAUGAGUGGAUCAAGUAAGACGCUUAGAGAAAUCCAGUUCUGUUCUAUGAGACGAAAAAUUCACAACAAUACGUUCCAAGAGCUAUAUUUGUAGACUUUAGACCAAAUUUCGGGAACUUUCUAUCUUGUUUCUCAAGAUAAGGGUUAACUGAUAAAAAAGAGUAAGUCUAAGAAAUUGUACAAAGUCAGCUGUGGGCUGGCUAACUCUAAGUAACUGAGUAAGACUAAAUAAUGAAGAGUUCAUUCUAGAGAGAACUUGAUACUUAUGACAAUUACAAUUAUGAAAGUAGCUAUAUGGAGGAGAAAAAGCAAACAAAUACAAAAAUGUCUUAGAUAAAUGAAGAAGACGAUGAUGACGAUUUAGACAAUGAAGAAUAAAUGAAGAAUAAUUUCAAGGAGAUGAUGAGCAAGUAUAAAGCAGGAGGUAGCUCAGUCUUUGGAUCCGGUGGGCAAGGUUCUGAUGUUAUGAGUCAAUUUUUCGGUGGAUUAAAUGGUCAUAAUUAAUCUGAGUAGAUUGAUACUUCUACUGCUAAGGCUGCCCAGAUAGCUUAAGACUAAGCUUUAGAGAAUGAAAGAAGAAAACAGCAGGAAGAUAAAACUGCUCAAGAAUACUAUGAAGAGUUCAAGUUUGAGGAGUAAGUAAAUUAUUUUACAGAUUUUAUGCAAAGCAAAAUGUAGCCUGCUAACUAGUUGAUACUACCAAACAAUCCAGCUAUCAAUGAGGAUAAUUUCUUUUUCUACAAUUUAGGUAAAUAGAUGUAUGACUAGGAGACGCAUUUACUAAGAGACCUUACUGAAGAGAGUCUUAGGAACUAACUGGAGCACAGUGAUCUUUUGCAGGGCUUCUAAUUUAUAUGUGACACAAAUUCUGGCUUUGGUUCAAUGGCAUAGUUUAUGAUUUAAGAUUAUGUAAAAGAUGAAGUCCCAAAAGCGCCUAUUCUCUUAUACUCCAUAAAAAAUCAAAAUAAAUAUGAUGAAGAUGAGAAUACUGUUUAUAAGCAAUAACUUGAACAGCUUAAUCAUGGACUAUGGCUUAGUGAGCUGGCUACUAAUUUGACUACAGCUUUUGUGCCUCUUGAUGAAGUUACUAUGACUUAAUAAUUGAAUCAAAGAGUAUUCUCUGGAUUUUAAAACUAAUCGAAGUUUCAUCAGAGUUCAAUUUACUCGAUAUUAAUAGAUAACUUCCUGAAUGAAGCAUACAAGAAGAAGCAGGCAACAAAGUUUGAAGAUUUAUUAAAUGAGGUCCUGUAUUAGUAUUCUCCAAAUAUCUUAUCUGCACAGCUUAUGUUUCCCUAUGAAAUGAAGAAUGAUGCUCACGUAAUGCAGGAUAUGAAGAAGGAAAAGUUUGAUAAGAAAAAUUUAGUUAACUUCUUUGAGGCUAUAAACACCAAUAAAAAGGGCAAUUAGCAUUUGAUACCAACCAGGCAAAGUUAUUUCUUUAAAGGAACUGAAACCCUUCUGAUGCCUGGAACACUAUCUCUCUCUCACUUCAGAGAUUAAUUCGACACUUUCGCUUACAAAAAUCUUUAAUGCUCUCGUGGUCAUAAUCUCUAUACGAUACCAUAAUCGAAUCUAUUACCGAUUCCAUUCCCAAGAUAUUUCACUAAGAAUGUGUUCGAUGAAUUAGGGUUAAUGAAAUAAUCACAUUUUGAGAAAGAUGAGUUUGUUGGUUCAGCUCCUUCUCUUACUAGGUUAACCUAUGAUGGAAGUUAUUUUGGUCAUGUGAAGAAAGCUCUUGACAGCAUCAAAUACAUGAAAAUGAGUCUCAAGGUUUAACUCAACAAGGACUAUAUGAUGGAGGAGGAAGAUAUCAGGGAAGCCAAGGAGAGAUUGGAAAAUUUAGCUGAGGGACUUUAGGCUCUUAAUUAAUGCGGGAAUGAUAGCGAGGAUGAUGAUGAUGAUGAUGACGAGGAAAGAAAUGCUAGUGAUGAUUAUUGA